AUGACAGGUCUCAUGAAGAAGAUUGAGUAUAAGCUCAGCGGCUCGGGCAAACAUGAUGAGCAGGGCCAUACCAUUGAUAGCAAUGAGGCAGAGCAUGCCCAGGGCUUGAGUGGGAACCAUGGCACUACUACUGGACACUCUUCUGGUCUUACGGACCAGUACCGCACCAACAAUCCUACUACAGGACACAACGGCAUUGGCCUAGCUCAGAGCAGCAGUGUACGACACCCGGUUGGCGCUGGUAAGAGUGGUAGUGGUAUUACGGAUGGUACUGCUGUGGGCAGUGCAGAUAUGCCAGGGAGCUUUCCUUCGAAUAGUACCGGCCAUGGCUUGGGUAGUGGAACGACGGGAAGCAAUAUCGAGAGGCAUUCUCAUGUUACUUCUCAGCUGCCGGGGACGAGGACGUCGACGACUACGACUACGUCGGGGCCGCAUACGACUACGACUGUUGGGGGGUUGACGGGGAACCAUGGCUCUUCGCCAUCGACGCACAACCGUGAUUCGACUGGGUUGACUGGCAACCACAACAAUACGACAUCCGGCAUCACUGGCACACGCAACCAGAACACGGGACUCAGUGGAACGCACGUUGGCGGCUCGCCGACUACGCAUUCGAACACAUCGGGCGGCUUGACUGGGAAUAACAACCACGGUCUCUCGCACUCCGCUUCGAGCGGUUUGACGGGCAACAACCACAACACGACAUCAGGUGGUCUGACCGGGAACAAUCAUGGUCUCUCGCAUUCGACAUCCAGCGGCCUGACGGGUAACAAGCAUAACACGACAACUAGUGGCUUGACUGGCAACAAUCACGGACUCUCGAACACGACAUCAGGUGGCCUGACGGGCAACAACCAUGGCGUGUCGAAUACCUCCAACUAUGGACGUGAUGACCGUGACUUCGCAGGAGGCGCCGCUCCAGCCGGGUCAGCACUGAGCAGUGGACAUACCGGUCAAGGCUCGCACCUGAGCCGCGAUGGGUAUCGAAACCGUGGUUCUCGCGAUGACCGUGACGACUACGUGGACAACCGUACCACAAUGGAGAAGAUCAAGGACAAGGUCGUUCCAUCCCGCACGGACCGUCCAGAUGACCCAGUCACAGGCCAGAACUUCAGUCAGCAGACCGGCUCGAACAACUCUCCUACUUCCAACUAUGGCUCAGGCGCGGGAGCUCACGAUGAAUACGGAUCGGUGCAAGGCGGACGUGGCCAGUACCCAGGCGGCGAGCGACUUCGCGAGAACGAUCGCACUUCCUCUUACGAUCCUUACAGCUCUCGUGGCCAACAGACAGCCGCUGACCAGCGUUACGGCAAUGAGAACUACAACGCUUCGCAAGGACGCCGUGAAGCUGGCGACCUCGGCAGCCGAUCGCACGAUGUUGACAGCCAUAACCGACGAAGCAGGGAUGGAGGUGUCACGCACGGCAUGAAUGACCUCAACUUGAAGAGUAGACCUCACUCGCAUCGUGAGAAUCCUGCUGCUGUACCCACUGCGGGUGGCCACAAGGUUGGAGGCGUCGGAGAAAACUCGAAUGUGUACAAUGAUGGUACAGGUCGACACGACCAACAUCACUACGGCAGAGAUGCGGCACUUACAGGUGGCGCUGGAGCACUCGGGGCAGGAGCUGGACGCCACUACGACAACGAUCUUGACUACGAGCGGGGCAACCGAAGUGGAUACAAUGACCGAGAUGAAUACGUUGAUAACCGUUCCGGCAUGGAGAAGCUCAAGGACAAGGUCAUCCCUAGCAGGACUGAUCGUCCAGACGAUCCACGUACUGGACAGAACUACAACGAGACCAACCGAAAUGACUAUGACAACGACCGUUCGUCAUAUGAUCACACAGGCAAUAACCGUCACUCCCUAGGCUCAGGCCAGCGCCAACACAACACCAUUGGAUCAGGACCAACCGGUCUCGGCAACAAUGUUUCCUACAUGAACCGUAACGAGGCAGAGACGCCAACUAGAGGCAACCCAGACUUGGUUGACAGAUACCAAGAGCCACCCAGCAACCACCUUGGCUCAGGUAUUCAUCAUGACGCUCAUCUGGGCUCACACCACAAUGCUGGCUCUCAUUUUGGCUCGAACCACAACUCUGGCAUUCAUAAUGACUCCAGGGGUACCACUGGAGCUCGUCUAGGAUCGAGGGACACUACUGGCGCUGCAGCUACUGGAUCAGUCCUUGGGCACAAUCAGCAUGGUCACAAUCAGCACAACCGGCACAAUUACGGACGUGACGCUGCGCUGGCUGGAGGUGCUGGUGCCCUUGGAGCGGGCGCUGCUCGACACUAUGAUAAUGAUCGUGACUAUGAGCGCGGAAACAACUACAACGAUCGAGAGCGCGGGUUAGGCUUUGGCAACAACGAUCGUCGUGAUGAGUAUGACGAUGGCAGGGCUGGUCAGUACAAUGACCGCGAGCGUGGACUUGGCUUUGGCAACAACAACCGUCGUGAUGAGUACGAUAACAAUCGGACAGGCCAGUAUGACCCUACUGGCAGGACUGGCAACAACAACUUCAACAACCGCGACGAGUACAACGACAACCGCACCGGCAUGGAGAAGAUGAAGGAUAAGAUCCUCCCAGGCCGAGCUGAUCGUCCAGACGACCCAGUCACUGGUCAGAACUACAGCCAGCAGCAGGGCAACGACAACUCGAGGACUGGCAAUGCCUACAACGACUCACGUACUGGUCAGAACUACAAUGACUCCUCGCGCUUGGGACACAACUACAACGACUCCACGACCGGCCGAAACUUCAACGAUUCCAGAACUGGCUACGACAACCAGUCCACCUACGAGAACGACAACGACCGAGGUAACGCGUAUGGAGCUGGUGUAGGAAGCGGUGUCGGUCGUCACAACCACUCGUCGUCCACUGGACUUGGCCACAACAAGGACAACUCGUCGAUGUCCGGUUUCCAGACACGGAAUGUUGAUGGUAAGAGGAUUGGUGGUGCUUAUGGAGCGGGCUAUGAGCAGGGGUGGCAGGAUGCUAUUGAGCAUAUGCAGGGGCUGAGAUAG